AUGAACCGGCUAUUUGGCUCUAAGAACACGGCUCCUAAGCCAACCCUGGAUUCAGCUAUCACAAACGUUGACAACCGUGUAGCAAGCAUCGAUGUCAAACUUGCCGCGCUAAACUCCGAACUCUCUACAUAUCAAGCCCGCCUAGCCAAAAUGCGAGAUGGGCCCGGCAAGAACGCAUUACGGCAAAAAGCGCUCAAAGUGCUGCAGCGGAGGAAGCAAUACGAGGCACAGCGCGAUCAGCUAUCGCAACAAUCGUGGAAUAUGGAACAAGCCAAUAUGAUGCAAGACAAUCUGAAGAACGUAAUGACGACAGUCGACGCAAUGAAAACGACGACAAAGACGCUGAAAAAGCAGUACGGGAAGAUUGAUAUCGACAAGAUAGAGCGUAUGCAGGAUGAAAUGGCGGAUUUGAUGGAUAUUGGCAAUGAGAUCAACGAGAGUAUCUCUCGAUCUUAUGAUAUCCCCGAGGAUGUCGAUGAGGCCGAGCUGGAUGCCGAGUUGGAGGCGCUAGGGGAGGAGAGCUUAUUUGAGAACCCCAUGGGCGAGGAGGCAAUGCCGAGCUUUUUGCAGGAUGAAGUUGCUCCGCCUACCUUUAUUGAUGAGCCCCCAGAACAAGGAAAAGUCAAAGAGGCGGCCGGUGGUGUUGGCUAA